AUGACCAGCGACAACCUCCAGGUCACGCUAUCGCAGGAUAGCCUCUUCUUUCCCUUGCCCUUCACGAACGCCACCAUCGAUAACGUCGUGCAGAUGAAGAACCCCCUGCCGGUCGUGCAAGGCAACCCGAAGGCAAACGUGAUCUCGUUCAAGAUCCUGAGCCGGGUGCAGCAUAGGUACUCUGUUCGUCCCCCUGUCGGCUUCAUUGGUGCUGGCGAGCAUGCCACCAUCGUCUUUUCCUUCAACCCCGAGCAUGUUAGGAUGGCCAAGAUCCCUGAGGAGCGCGAGCUGCCGACAGAGGCGACGAGGGACGCCAUACAUCUCGACUUCGCGGUCGUUGACGCGCAGUCGGUCCAGACAGCGCUGGCGCACUGGGUUCCUGGCAGCAAGGUGACGAAGGUGCCGCGGGAGGUAAUGACCGACGCAUUGCUGUUUUGGAAGCAACGCGGCCCGGUGAAGGAGGGCUCGCCGUCGACGAUGCGCUACAAGCUCAGAUGCGUCUUCGCCCCGCGCAACAACGUACCAGACAGCUUGGUGAUGUGCAUGAAGGAGGAGGGCGGCAGGACCAGGGGGACCGCGGAUAGUACCGCGCUGCUGCCGAGUACUUGCCCUCCCAUGACAUCCUCGACACAGCCGCAGAACACCACCCCGCCGGAGGCGCUGCUCCACCGCCACUCCGAAAAUCAACGCAAUACGCCGACCGCAUCGACUCCGCACAACGAUGCCAGCGGCGCUCUGCCUGCAGCACGUGGUCCGGGCGUCUCUGCAGCGAGGCCAGGUGUGGCCGGGGCUGCGUUGGCGCCGUUCGCCUCUCCAACGUCUUCGAGCCCAACCCAGAAGUGGAGGUCUUCCAGUGACGCUCCUGAUGGCGAGGUCACACUGAAGGGGAUUUUAGGUCAGGUCAUGAACUACAAACUCUCCUACAGGGUGGUGAGCGUGCUGUUGGCUCUCACAUUUCUGUGCGGCCUUUUGGAUCAGUCCAACCUCCUGACGUGGCUCAUUACAAAGCGCUAG